AUGGCCGACCUAGUACCGGUGCUCACGCUCCCGGAGAUCUACUCGCCGCUCAUGCGCUCGCGCGAGACGGAGCGAUGGAGGGAGCUAGAGACCAAGUUUUCAAAGAUGUUCCAUCACAAACCUGCGUUUAUUGCACGCGCACCUGGGCGCGUGAACAUGAUUGGAGAGCACAUUGAUACCACGGGCUACAGUGUGUUUCCCAUGGCGAUUGAGCGCGACGUUCUCAUGGCGGCUUCGUAUGUGCCGGCUCCUGGGCCCCUGCGUGUCGAGCUGGCAAACGUUUCGUCACGCUUUUCCCACACGAGCUUCUCGUGCGACCUGACACAGCCUAACUCGCUCGGGAUGGCGAACAAGAUGGCGCACCGUUGGUCGAACUACUUUAAAGUCGCGCUGCGUGGCCUUCUAGAUGAUAUACCCCAGGAGGUCUUGAAGAAUGCGCAUGGUGUGCUGUAUGUGCUUGUCGACGGCACGAUCCCCCCGGAGAGCAGUCUUAGCUCGAGUGCCGCUAUGACCACAGCGAGCUCCCUGGUCGUGCUCACGGCCUUUGGAAUGCGGGAUCAUAUUGGGCGGGCGCAUCUAACGGAGCGGGCUAUAUCCAGUGAGCGCUUGAUUGGCGUUAGCACGGGCGGCAUGGACCAGGCCGUAUCGGUGUUUGGCGAGAUGGGCAAGGCGAUCUUUGUGUCGUUUGUGCCGUCGCUCCGCACGGAGCCGAUCCUGAUGCCGCACUGGAAUGACUACCUGUUCCUCGUCUCCAACACGCUCGUGCAGUCGGAUAAAAAGGCGAAUGCGCCGACGCAGUACAAUUUGCGUGUCGUUGAGACGCGUAUCGCCAGCUACCUGCUGCGCCGUGAGCUUGGCGUGCAGAUCCCGUCGCCGCCCCAGUUCCCAUCGUCGCUGCGCGCGGUUGCUGACGCCUACUGGGCGGCGAACCCUUAUGCGCUGAAGGAAAUGAUGACUGCGUACAGCGACGUGCGUGCCGCGUACAACGACGCAGGGAAAGAGGUAGCACAGCUCCAGGCCAUGCUCAACCUCGUUGAAACCACCCUGCCUCGCCGCGGCCUCACGCAGGAGGAGCUCGAGCAGCUGACAGGCCUUACAUCGGCGGCGUUCCACGACGAGUUCCUCAGCCAGGCGCCAGUGCAUGCCUCGCACUUUUACCCGCAUCACCGCGCUUUCCACGUGUUCUCGGAAGCGCAGCGUGUACUCCGUUUCCGCUCCAUUUGCGACGCAACAACUAAGAAACUCGAGUCCGGCGAGGCCUGUGAUGUGCACGGUGCCUACCAGCGACUCGGCCACCUUAUGAACGAGAGUCACGAGAGCCUGAAACACAUGUACGACUGUAGCUGCCCCGAGCUCGACUGUGUCGUGCAAAUUGCGCGCCAGGCUGGCGCACUUGGCGCACGGCUCACGGGUGCGGGUUGGGGCGGCAGUGCAGUGCACCUCGUGCCCCGUGAGCGCCUGGAUGCUGUCACGACCGCCCUGCGCCGCUCGUACUACUCGAUGCGGAUCGGGUACAUGACGGAAGAUGACCUUUCCGAGGCCUUGUUUGUUACGCACCCGGCGCAGGGUGCUUGUAUUGUCAUGUGUUAG